UCAACCGCCACCUCUAUUUAGAUCUCUUAUUCAAUCCAAAAGUUCCCUUUUCUUCGCGAUUUUCCUACUCGCAACUUCUCUUUAUAGAUUUUUCUCUCAAAAUUGUGUAGUUGCUUGGUGCAAGAUCAAGGUCAUUCAUCAGUUAUUGCACUUCUUUUUCCCCCGCUAAUUUCAGCUUGUUUAUUCAUCUUGGAUGACUCUCCCAUCAUGUGGAUCUUGAAACUGAGCCUAUGCAAAGAAUAUGCUAAUAACUUUGUGGCGAAGGGCACGGUUGUGCUCGCGGAGCACACACCGUUCUCGGGGAAUUUUAGUACUAUUGCCAUCCAAUGCCUACAAAAGCUUCCUCCUGAUAGUAGCAAGUUCACUUACUCGUGCGACGGCCACACGUUUAACUUCUUCGUCGAUAGAGGAUUUGUUUUCCUUGUUGUAGCGGAUGAAGUGGUUGGGAGGAGUUUGCCAUUUGUGUUUCUUGAGAGAGUAAAAGAUGAUUUCAUGCAGCGGUAUGGAUCUAGUAUUGGCUCUGAAGAUCCGCAUCCACUUGCUGAUGAGGAGGAUGAUUUUUUAUUCGAAGAUAGGUUUAGCAUUGCAUAUAAUCUCGAUCGGGAGUUUGGACCGAGGCUGAAGGAGCACAUGCAGUAUUGCAUUAAUCAUCCUGAAGAAAUGAGCAAGUUGUCCAAGCUGAAAGCUCAGAUUACAGAUAUCAAGGAAAUAAUGAUGGACAACAUUGAAAAGGUUCUUGAUCGAGGAGAGAAGAUUGAACUUUUGGUGGACAAGACGGAAAGUUUACAGUUUCAG